AAUGGCGUCAGAAUGUCUUCAGAAGGAUGUGUUGUUCAAUGGACAGAACGCGAUAGUUGCUGUGAAUGUUCAUCUUGGGUUCAACCAAGAGGACUCCAUUGUCAUGAACAAAGCUUCGCUGGAACGUGGGAUGUUCCGUUCAGAACAGAUCAGGAGCUAUAAAGCAGACGUCGACAGUAAAGACUCGGAGAAGAGGAAAAAGAUGGACGAGGUUGUUCAGUUUGGAAAGACCCACAGCAAAAUCGGCAGAGUAGACAGCCUGGAUGAUGAUGGGUUCCCU